CAUUUCAAGCCAAAAGCUUUCCCUCAAACUUCUUAGAAGGCGAGUGGGCUGUUAAUAGCAUUGCUUUCAUGGAAUUUCCUGAUGGCUUCUGUGAUCUUUUUAUCAUCCUUUGAUGGCACCGAAAAAUCAGAUUUUGUUUUCUCUUGUGAUUUCCAUGCCUUUGAUAACGGAACACUGUUGGAGAAGUAGAUGUUUACCAAAGUCACCCUAGGACAUUCUUGCCGUUUCUCUUGGCAACCGCAAGAGCUCUUCCAGACGAGCUCCUUAAUAACGUGUGUGAGGGCCCUUUAUGCAGCUGCUGAAAUUUGAGAGCUGCUCACCCGCUACCUGAGACACAAGGAGUAGUAGGUUACAACUCAGCUGAUCUUCUGUCCAAAGGGGUGGACUGGAUUAGCUUAGUGAGGGAGCAGACAAUCGGUACUCGAACCUUCUCACACCAGAAAUGGAAAUCUUACCCCUGGCUUGGAUGCCCCAUAACCACAAAAAGAGCAGUUGGAGUGACUGGGAUGGGCUAGUGGGGGGGCUGAGGCAUCUUUCGCAAGUCCCCAUCCAAGACAAGACUUUGUGUCCCUCAAAGAAGACUCUGUCUACGCCUGGGCUACUCAGCAAGCCAACCCCGGGCUGUAAGGAUGCUUCCAUCUCCAGCUGCCCCGUAACAGCAGACCCCCCAUUUCACUGUGAUAUUGCCCGGAUCUGGAGCCCCCCAGAGACGGAGCAGGUCCGACUCUGCAGACUGGCCUCUGUUCAAAAUGGCUGGCUGCCAGUCCAGAGAAGGGCAGUGGUGUACAGCAUUCCUUGUCAAAGACCUGACCCUGAAAUGAUUCCAUGCCAGGGACAACAGCAUCAGCAGAAACAUUCCUCAAGAAACAGAGAAAUAAGACACACAGAUGAGCAGAACCUGGCACAGAAAAAGACAAACUUGAUGGGAUUCAAAACUUUGACAUCUCCUGCAGAAGAUUCAUCCAGGAUCAGCCAGGCACCUGGCAAAGAAAACACAACUUCCCAAAAGAGUAAUUUGCCCCCAAGUCAAGCUGGCCCCUGUAAAGAAUGGGAAGAGGUUCCGAGAUUUUUUCCUCUUCUCUCUGGCGGGAUGCAGUUGGAUGACCCUGGCAAGAAGAGCUGUGUGCUGCUCUCAGCUCAGAGCCCACCAUGGUCCCCGAAUGGCAAUGCACAAUCUGCACAGUUGGUGCCAGCUGGCACUGAGGCGAAGAUGAGCUUUUUGUACAUAACCAUCACCUCACGGAGGAUCCCCCAGGGGCCUGAUGCUGCACCCCUGGUGUGUUCUGAUCUCAACACCAUGACCCUGCCUGGUAGAGAGCAGCCAGAUCCCACCCUCAUCUCCCCUGUCGCUACUAGGGGACACACCCAGUCCAACUGCAAUGGUCAACCACCUGUGGGUAAGGAAAAGGCAGCCAUCAUGAAAAUGAAAGACUACAGACUGUGUUUUUGUUCUAGCCAGAGGGUUUCUGGGACAAGACUAACUGAGAUUAGGCACAGCUUCAGCAAGAUGGAAGAGAAGAACACCCCCAUUGGUUCCUCCAGGUCCUCAGUCUGGAGUCCUUUCCACUCCUGUGUUCACCUGAAGGUUCCCUCAAGUCACAUAAAAUCCAUUCUGUUCCUGACCAAGUCACUGUUUGUGUCAUUAAGAGAGGACGGCCUGGAUGUUGAGACCACAAAGUCAGUUAUUUAUAGGUCCACCCUGUCUCUUCAAUUACAGAGUAACUCCAUAAAGACUACCUACAAACCAACUCCUCAUGACCCUCUCCAGUUGAGGAGACCUGUAUCAAAAACAUCUAAGAAUCCACUGAGCUGCUGUGGGGUGCCGGGGGACAUGGCACUUGAUCUGGGCAUCACCACUCCUCCUUCAUCAGUCCAGUGGAGGUCAAGACUUCACGUCCGCAUUUGCAACACUGAGCCUAAGUUCAGUGCACACGCUUUAUCUGCUGGAUGGCCACCUGGAAACUCGAAUGAAUCACCUCCACAAAAUGCAAAGCAAGUUGGAAUUGCAAAUGAGGACACUUGUCUUUGUUGGACGCGUACCAGAGGCUUACAAGCAACUAUCGGGACAACUGAAGUUGUGGAUGCCGGGAGCUUCAGAAGGACAACAUGCAUGGAGGCUGGGGCCAAACACGGUCCAUGCGGAGUGGAGAACGUGGGCUGUGUUUCCAGGUCAUGGAGCCCAGUGGUCACAGAGUCAAACCAGCCACAGUCACGUGUCAGGCUGGAGAACACUACGCUGGAUGGCCUCACACUUAGAGAGGCCCUGGAGCUGUUCCGUCCAGAGUUCAUCAGUCGCUCCCAGGACAGGGUGAAGCAGCUGGAGCAACGCACCCAGGAGAGGAGGACUGGCCAAAGUCGGGGGCCUGCGUCAGAGGCCAGAAGAGGGCGCCGCAGGAGGAACUGCACUAAGCCCCUCCCUCUUAGCGAUAACCUUUACAAGCCCAAGGAAAGGGCCAUCUCAGGGAAGGAGAUGCAGCGCCGAUCCAAACGGAUUUAUAACAGCCUACCUGAAGUAACCAAGAAGAAGGAGGAGGAGAAGAAGAAGGCCGCGUCGCACACCAAUCGGCUGAGGGCCGAGCUCUUCAAGAAGAAACUUCUUAACCAGGUUCUUCAGAGGAACAGUGACUGAAGAACACUGAUUUCUACAUUACCAUAUGGAGAACACGCUGAUUGCUUUGCCAUUUCAGCAGCAAUUUUCUCUUCUGCCUACAUUAAAUCAUGUUGCAUUAUAUAUCAUUAAAUUAAGUGCAUUUAAGGUCAAUCUCGACAGUUUAAGUUGCACAGCCAUUAUUUACGCAGAUAACAUGGUUUACCAUUGCUUUCUUUUUUUAUUUUUCCUUUUUUUUUUUAAAUGCUGUCAGACAUUCCCAUCCAAUAGGGUCAAGAACAUGGUUACAUGGGUAAAGUAAUCAUUGUGAAAAAGUCUAUGAUGAUGCUGGUUGGACAUUUCUGAUCAUGAAAGAUGUCCAUCCCAGGAAAUAACGUGUUGCCUUUUUGUUGGAGAGAAAUUCGUUACGGCAUAGGUGUGCUCAACUGUUCUCAUUCCAUAUAUUUUUUCCUCUCUUUAAUAGAAUUACAAAUACUUGAGUUAAUCUGGAACAAUGUUUUCUUCUGUACUAAUGUUCUUGUGCUAUAUGGAACAUUUCUUACUUCCCACCCUGAAACUGACAGGCAUCCAUUCCGGCCCAUACCACCCUAUGUCUCCAGAAUGGGCUCCUGUCCCCCAUGUGCCUCUGUUGUAGAAUCAGUUAUUGAUAAUGAAUGAUUCAAUCAAUCAAUCAAUCAAUCUAUCCCUGUUACUAGUUAGAUUUAAUGCCGAUGUGUGGAUAAGUG